AUGGCGGGACGUAUCCUUCCAAUUGCUCUAGCCACCUUCGCAGGUGUUGCUAUCGGCGUAUCGACCUUCGGGGAGGAAUUCAAAGAACAGCAAAGACGACGUCUGCAGCAGGAAUAUAAUCGCGACCUUGCCUCUGCAGGUGCAUCUGCUCUACCAACCGACGGGCCAUCCCCGAUGGCGUCGAGCACGAUCCCAGCUCCACAACCAGAACAGCUCCCGGCACAAACCGAGCCCGCGAACCAGUCAAAGCUGUCGUCCAUGUUGGGGUUCUGGGCUUGGUCAUCGGAACGAAGUGUCGCGAAGGAAAAAUCGCCAGCCAGGACGAGUAGCGAUGGUUCAAAGCCACAGCCUUAG